AAUGUGUGCAUGUUGGGUGUAAUGAUCAGGAGGAGCUCUUAUUGGUUAUUAAGUGAAAGUUAUUAGAUAGUUUGUCGCUUUGCGACCUUAUAUAUAUGUCACCAAACUCUUCGUUUAUAAUAUAUACUUUCUCUAGGGGCUUUUCCAAUAUGUCUAUUUCUUUUGUUAACUUGAUAUAGUCUUCUUCUUCUUUCAUUAUAUGUAGCUUUGCUUGUAGACUGUACUAGUUUUUUAACAUUCCGAUUAUUAUUAAUUACUCUUUAUUAUUAUUUUCUUGUAGUAUUUGGUCAUCAUUUUUUUUUUAUUUUGGGAGUGAGAUGAUGAAUAAACGAAUUCGUCGUGUUCGCCUUCUCCAAACAUACAAAUCACCUCAUCAUGAUCUUGACUUUGUUAGAAAUUAUCUUAGUCACUUGGUACCAGCCUUAAGGAAGAUCAACAACCAAAAUAGCAGUAGCUUUUGCCUCUGCGACGAAGAAAAUGGCGUUAAUCAUAACAAGCUAGCUAAGGCAGUCCGAUUUGAAGUCGACAUGGCAUUUGCAUUAUCAGCAAAAGAGUUCUAUUUUGCAUGGAGUCAUGCCUUGGAAGCGAAGCUUAUUAUUCAAAGAGAUAUAAGUGUGAAUAAUUAUAACAACAAAAAUACUAAUAAUAAUAAUGAUUCCACAUAUCAAAGAUAUUCUUCUUUGCACCAAAUUUCUUUCACUAAUAAUUUUAAGAGUGGUGAGAUUAGUACUAGUGGUGAGGUAAAGAUGACGAUGAUGAUGAAGAAGAAGAGGAAGUUGAGUAGAAGAAGAGAGAGAAAAGGUACUGUAGCAAUGAAAAGUAGUGAAGAAGAGGAUAUUAAUAUUGUUGGUGACCGUUUGGCUCGAUUGAGAACACUUUUGCCUGGAGGGAAUGAGAUAAUAUUGGGAGAGUCUGAUGAUAAUCAAUUACUCACACAAGUUGCAAGUUACAUUGGCUGCCUCCAGUUGCAGGUCAAUGCUCUCAAGUGUCUAGUGGAAUUAAGCCACCAAUGAUAUAGAUAUAUAUUAUCUGAAUUUGUUUUGUAGAAUCUAUGCUUGUGCUAGUUUAUAAUAUUUCAGUUAUAAUUUUAUGUAAUAUAUAUGAUUGAUUGUUUC